AUGGAGUUGCCAUUCACCAACCUGGAGGUGGCGUUCAUUUUACUGGCUUUCUUCAUCUUUUCCUUGUUCACUCUGGCUUCCAUCUACACCAGCCCUAAUGAGAGGAAUGAAGAGAGAGAGAGAGAGAGAGAGAGAGAGAGAGAGAGAGAGAGAGAGACAGAGGUAAACCUUCAAAAAUCAUUUCAAGUUCUUGGUAAUAGUAGACGACUAUAA